ACUGUGAAAGAGGCAGGGAUCUCCUGUAGCUGCUGCAGGAGGCGGAGAAAGCGGCUAGAUCCCAGGGAGAACGAGCAAGCCCUCUCGCUCGCCCGCCCGCCUGGCAGGCAGUUUGGACUAUGGAUGCAGGGGCAGUCCCGAAAUGGAGAGGAAAGGUGUAGGGUCAAGGGAGAAGGGGGCGAGAGGGGGCAGGAUGCAGGACUAGGGGGCGGGCAGGAUUAAGAAGAGGCUGGAGGAAGGAGACGUGGUGGGACGUGGACGUGGAGGGAGAGAGGGUGCGGGGCAGGAUCGGUGGUAACCGAAAGGGGUUUUUUUAUUUAUUUUUGGCCGAGGGAGGAGAACGAGCAACCAAAGAUCAGAAGGGGAAGAGUCAGGACUAGGGAUCGUGGGCGGCAUCAAGGCUGUGAGGGGCAGGGAACUGACAGCCAGGCUGGCUAGGUAGGACGUGGCUAAGAUUCAGGGGCUCCUGCUGCAGGAGUUAGGUGGUUCCACCUCCGCACACCCAUCUUUUUCUGUCUCACUAAUGAACUUCCUGGAAGCAACAAAAGAAACACACCAAAGUGUCUUGCUUGCUAUCCUUGGGGUUACGAGCCCCAUCGCAGAAAGGCCAGUCGUCGGGAAAGAAGCAGGACAGGCGUAGGAAGGAGAGAGGCAAUAAUAAUAAAAUUUGUUUUAAAAAAAUCCUAUCCUCCCAAGUGUUAGGAACCGGUCUGCUAAUAGGGCAGUAGGAAGCCUCCUCCUCCAUCUCAAGGGCUAUGGAGCGGGUGGAGAUGAUCAACAUCCAGCGCCUUCUGGAGGCAGCUGAGUACCUGGAGCGCAGAGAGAGAGAGUGUGAACAUGGUUAUGCCUCGACCUUCCCUUCCAUGCCGAAUCUUGGACUGCAGGACCCAAAGCCACCGCAGAGGCUGAGCCGAGCAAGGAAACAUAGCAGUGGAGGCAGCAGCACAGGCACUGCUAACAGGUCUACGCACAAUGAACUAGAAAAGAACCGACGAGCUCACCUCCGCCUGUGUCUAGAACGUUUAAAAGUUCUGAUACCACUAGGACCUGACUGCACCAGACAUACGACCCUUGGGCUGCUUAACAAAGCCAAAGCACAUAUUAAGAAACUUGAAGAGGCAGACAGAAGAAGCCAGCAUCAACUUGAGAACCUGGAAAGAGAGCAGAGGUUCCUCAAGCGACGACUGGAGCAGCUGCAGGGUUCUCAGGAUGUAGAACGAAUACGAAUGGACAGUACUGGAUCAACCAUUUCCUCAGAUCGCUCUGAUUCAGAGCGAGAAGAAAUUGAAGUGGAUGUGGAAAGCACAGAGUUCUCCCAUGGAGACAUGGAUGAUAUCAGCACAACCAGUACGAGUGACAUUGAUGACCACAGCAGCUUGCAGAGCAUUGGGAGUGAUGAGGGUUACUCCAGCGCUAGCGUCAAGCUCUCCUUCACUUCCUAGGCCAUGGUGCUAGGGCAGUGCAGCUGGUUUCUUUGGGGCAGUUGAAGUUCAUGCAGCAGAGCUAAUAUAAGACACAAUAUUUUUCGUCUCCAAACUACACCAAUGACUAAGCUUGGACGGAUGCAACUCUAGGAUAGCUCCAUGGGUUCACAGGAAGGUGGGAAACUAACUGGGAAGCCAACUGGUCUCCCCACCAUCAUAGACCCCAAAUCCCAAUGUAGUGCUGAAUCCAUAGCUUUUUUGAAAUCUGAGAAAGCACUCCUUUUAUGUAUUGCUGGACUGAGGUUUGCCCCUGUGUCAUGGAUAGUAGUGCUCAAGAGAUUAUUGCAUAUUUUGAUUAUUCAGGGCAUUUUGGCUACUUGGACCCUGAUAAUCUUCUUAGUUUGUCACAACUGCUAAUAAAUUACUCCCCCCCCCUUUUUAAAUCCUCCCCUAUCCAAGCUCAACAAACUUGUUAAGACCAUUUGUGGUGCUAAUAAGUUAGAGUGAGGAAAAGAUUGUCCAUGAUCUGUUUGUAAUAACCUAACUCAUAUGAGUUCCAGAUUACAGGACAAAGUAGCCAAGGUGAUAAUAGUUUAAUGGGUCAGCCUUUCCCAGUGAGUUUGCACAAUAUUACAAAUGAUGAAGCUCCAUGUGUAGGCUUUUUAAAAUUCCGUCUUUCAGUUCCCUUAAGAGAACAAUGAAGGUGGACAGUUUUUGUGUACUCUCACCAGCAGAAGCUAGUCCAGUCAAUGCCUUCUACCCACUGGGUUCCUCCAGCCAGCUUUGAUCACUUGUUACCUAAGAAAUAACAAUAAUAAUGAGAAGCUCUGCUCAUGCCCCCCCCCUUGUGAAAAGAGAGGUGCUGCAAAUCUGGAAGCAAUUCCCAUUCAGCUCAACUUUUUCCGCUGGACAUUGUUUCAAGGCAAGAGCUUGUGCCGCAUGACUUAGCGCUAGAGUAUUGAGCUGUUAACAUACCAGCACCCAAUGCAACUGCUCUCUGGAUUCAGUGGCUAAAGCAGUAACUCCUUAUGUAGAAUGAUGCUCCUGACACAAGAGAGUGAGAGACAGAAAAGCCUGUGAAAGAAGUGAUGAUGAUGAUGUGCAGGGAAGGCACAGCCUCCAUUCUGAGCCACAAUGACCUUUUUUUGUUUUUUGUUUUGCAAAUUAUUUUGAUAAAUGUUUGUAAAAGUUCUUUGGGUUAGAGAACCCUCCAUGCGACAAUGUCUUUUUAGAACUCCUAGGCAUGAUUCUGCAAAUGUCUUUUGUAAUUAUUACCACCAAUGGAAAGGGACCUGUUUUUUCUGCAGCUGUGCACAAAAGGAACAGGGGCUCUUCUCCUCAGGCUCGAUGGCUCUUCCUUUUUGGUUUCCUUUCCGGACUCCCUGCCAUAGUCCUGGGUCCAUAGUUAACAUAGCACGUGUCUUACGGUAACAGCCAGCCAGUCAGUUGUGAUUCUCUGGUGAGAAGCCUCCCGAGAAGAACUCUUUGCUGUGGUCUUGCUGUUGACAAGAUUGUAUCCAAUGUUUUGAUCAUUUUUUUUCUUUUGAGCUUUCUAACCUGCACUUUGAGGUCUUUGCUUUUCCUUUCAGCUUUUUAACUAUAAGGAUUCUUAUUAAUUGUUCCUUUACCAAGUUUAAACUUUACUCUUCCUUUUUUUUUUUAGAGACCUCAUUUAUGACACUUGUUUGAGACUUUUAAGUAAUUUGCCUAUCCCUAAUUACUAAGGGAAAAAAGAGAGAGAAAAAUAAGGAAAAAACACUUUAUAAAACUCAUAACUUAUUACUGAUUAUGAUUACUGGGUUGUUAAUUUCAGUCCUGUAGAUUUAAUUUUAUUGUUUUUAGAUAGGGCUGGGCAACAAAAAUUUAAAAAGACAAAAUAAAAAAAAAACAAAGUAACCUCAUUUAGCCGUGCAGUGGAAUUGUGUUUAAAUGUUGGCAUAUGGUUCUGCUUAAUAGUAGCACUUUAACACCAUUAAACAUUUCUGUAUCUGAAAUGCACUGUGUUCUGCCAUUUUGGUCACGAGACUUUAGAAUACCCAUGUUGUUUGUGCCUGGAUUUUUUUCCUUUCAAACCUAUUGGCCAUGUUAAUAGAUGACUCUCAAUGACUUUUAAUGUAGAUCUUGUCUCGGUACUGAUAUGCUGCGUGUCUGUUUAAAACCACAUAUGUUAUUAGUUCACCCAGAGUUAUUACUGUGUCAUAUACUGCAAGACACAACUUUAGCACCUGUUUCAUGAAAUAGAAGCAUAAUCCCACCAGGGCUAUAGUAUAUCCAUAGCUGGGGUUUUAAAACUUAUCUGUUUAUUAAAGCCUGGAUCCAAUUGUA